AUGGACCAGACGAAGACAAGUCUGCCGACGACAAGAAGGGCAAGGUCCGAACGGCAGAAACAAAUAGCUCAACUCGAGAAAGAAAUCCGAAAACUAGACUCCAAACGGGCUGGAGGCUCGGACUCAGAAGAAGAGCGGAAGAAAAAGAAAGCAAAACGAUCAUAUUUAGAGGAAGAGCUUUCGAAAUACGAGAAGGGGCGGGGGCUCAAGGGUAAGAGAGAUGGGAAAGGGAGAAAAACAAGGGACGAAGGCGAUGUACUUGCGAAGAUGGACGCCUUCAAGAGUAAACUGAAAGGUACAUUCUUGGAUGACGAGGGUGAUCGAGAGGCCGAAGCUGAGGGCGAGGGCGACGCCACGGCCAGAAAGACUGACGAAGAGAAUGCGGAAGAAACGAUCGAAGUUGACAAUGACACGGGCUUCCUGUCGCACAAGCUCUUCUUCCCGAAGGACAAUGACGAGGAGGUGGCUAAGGCAGAGCGCGAGUACGAAGUGAUCGACCCACGAAAACGGAGUGCACAGGCGAAGGAAGAAGAGCGCGAACGGAAGAAGCGCUUGAAACCGAGGGAUGGAGGGCGCAGGUAUCGGCGAUGA